AUGGAAUCAUUGUGGUUGGAGGACCCUCGAGCAUUGGAUUACUACUACCAACAAUGCACCGCUGACGUCGUACGAGGGCGAUACGCCUUCGAAAUGAGGACAGAAUAUGGCCUAAACUCCUUCCUUCCCACAAUUCUACUCGAAAAUGUGAAGCGACGUGAAAUCCGCAAGCAUAUUCGAUAUUACUUGAAAAGAGACAGUACAAAACUAAGCGAAAGCCUAACCAGGGAGGCGAAUAAUGGAAUCAAGCAGCAAUCCUUACUUUUGAUGCGGGUUACUGAUACGUCAGUGUCAUUACGAGUAAGAUAUUUGGAUUUGCUCGCUCAUCUUCCCACAUUUGGUGGCCGAGGAUUUUCUGUCACAUUUAAGGAGAGCCAAAUUGAUAUGAUCAUGCAGGAGAGCCAAAUUGAUAUGAUCAUGCAGAUCGAUCCGCGAGCUGGGCUCCUGGUUAGGCAUCCUGGAAAAAGUGGUCGACCAACGAUAUCGAUAGACUAUGAUUUGAUCGACCAUCUUGUU